AUGCUUGGAAUCACGCCAGUCAUUUCCGUCCUGGGCAUCAUGGGAAAUAUGUUCAGCAUACUAAUCCUAACAAAGCACGGGCUCCAAAAAUGUUCAAAUAUUCUUCUUCUCUCCCUCGCCGGAAAUGACGUGCUCUAUCUCAUUGGUUUUAACAGCAUACCAAAACUUCUGUACGAAGUGGCGGCGUGCGAGGAGGGGUUCCAUUACAACCAUGACGUGUCGCACCUCCUCUUCUACCUGCACCACAUUUUUCACAACAUCGACUACGCCUGUUCGAGCACCUCCCUGACUCUGCCUAUGCUUAUAACGUUCGAGCGACUCUUCGCCGUGUUUCUGCCAAUGAAAUUCCACCGAUUCGUCACCCCGUGUCGCACGUGGUUCGCCGUGGCAUUGGUCAACAUUUCUUGGGCCGCCUAUUUUAUCCACAUGUCCUUUUUAGCCACCUUCACCUACGAUUACAAUCCACGUCUGAACAUGAGCGUAGGGCUAAUUACGCGCUCAGCCUACUUCUACGACCACUCUCAAAUGGUUGUAAUACUGGAAGGAGUGAUGACGUACUUGAUUGUACAAAUCCCGCCUUUCGUAACAAUGGCGGGAUGUGUCGUCAUAGCGAUCAAGGUCAAGGUCGCCUCGGUCCAAAGGAAAAGGCUAACACUGCAGAACAAGAAGUGCGCCGCGCUCAGCCGCACCACCAGAACGUUGCUGGCUGUGUGCAUGGUGUACACCUUCACCUGUGCUGUUCUCAACCUCCCCAACUACAUCCCUGAGUACAUGUACAACAGCAUGGUCAGCGACGCGCCAUCCAACCUCGGCAGGGUCCUGUACCAGGUCAUGAGCCUCGCGCUCUGUCUGAACAGCUCCUGUAACUUUGUGGUCUAUGUCGUCAUGAACAAGAAUUUCAGAACUACGCACAUUGCGAUGUUUGCAUGCAAACACCAACCACGCUGUACGAGUGCAUGA